AUGGAGGUGGAAGAAUCCUCCGACGGGGACGAGUUUCGUUCCGUAAAUGGAACGGGGAAGCGGAGGAAGACCAGCGACGGAGCCGUUGUCGGGGAUGGCUCAGAGGAGAAUCUUCUCAACAACAACAAGUUCAGUCCGCUGGCGGGGAACAACAACAAUAACAAUGAUAUCCCAGCCGAGAAAGGAAGCGUCCCAUCGGUUCCAGUGGUUCCAGUGGCCAAGAAACCACCACCUCUGGUGGUAAAGAAUACGAGCUACGCCAAGCUGAGGACUGUAAUGUCGCCGUGCACAACCAAGCCAAGUUACAAGCUAACACCGUUUGGGAUCAAAUUGCUGUGUUCCUCCGAGGAGCGUUUUGAGACCGCGCGGGCCCACUUGAUUGCGAACAAAGUGGAGUUCUACACCCACGAGAAACGAAGCGAGCGGCAACUCCGCGUCGUCGUCCGAGGACUUCCGUCGGCUUCACCUGAAUUCGUCAAAAAGACCCUCAAGGAAUCGCAAAACCUGGAUGCUGUGGAGGUGCACGCCAUCAAGAGAAAGGGAGAGUUCGCCUCGUCAGAGGAAACCCCGUACAUUGUUACGUUCCCCAAGGGGUACACCAGCCUCAAGCAGCUGAGUGAAAUCAAGCGCUUGAGAAGAUUUCACAUCCGAGAACUUCAAGCUCCUCCUGCGGUUCUGGAACAGACCAUCCGGUCUGAGGAAACUUCGCAUGGGCUCAACGAUCACAUUCGGCUACCGCAGAUUAAGUUGCAGAAGUUCACCGGAAUAAUUGAGGAAUGGCUCAGCUUUAGAGAUCUGUUUGUAUCGCUCAUUCACUCAAAGGCUGAACUCUCAGACGUCGAAAAGUUUUACUACCUGAGGGGUUGCCUUGAUGGAAAACCGGCCGGCUUGAUCGAUCAUCUGAAGAUCACUGCAGAAAGCUACACUGUGGCCUGGACUAUUCUGCUGAAUGAGUACGACAACGAUAAGCUUCUGAAGAAGCGGCAGAUUCAAUCGCUAUUUGAACUACCUGUAAUCACCGAGGAAUCUUCUUCAGACUUGCACACUCUCGUGGAUGGAUUCUUGAGAAUAGUACAAACAUUGGAUCGUGUUUUGGAGGAAGCGAACUUCAAGGACUUGCUACUGGUCAACAUCUUAUCAUCUCGGCUUGACUCGAUUACUCGUCGAGCUUGGGAAGAGUAUUCAGCAAAGGAUAAUGAUACUUUGAAGGACAUGACGGACUUUCUCCAGACGCGUAUUAGAAUUCUCGAAUCGCUACCCAAGAAGAAGGCAGACAGCAAGGUUGUUAGACAGAACCAAGUCCGGUCGAAACCAGCGGUGGUGAAAGCUAGUUACAACACUGCACAGGAGUCUGGAGGGCCUUGUUGUGCAUGUUCUGGAACGCACUUUCUACACCAGUGCAAAUCGUUUCAACAAAGGACGGUGUCAGACAGAGAGGCACUACUCCGAACCAAUUCGUUAUGUCGAAACUGUUUGAAAUCCGGCCACUUGGCAAAGGACUGCUCGUCGAGAUUCUCGUGUCGAAACUGCAACAAGCGACAUCACACGCUGUUGUGUUUCAAAUCGGGGAAGGAUAAAGGUUCUGCCCAAUACAAGCGAGACAACUCUAAGGCAGCUACGGACGAAUCUCAAGCAUCAGGACAUUCCAGCUCGAGCACGUCAAAUCAAGUCACUCCCGAGAUAACAGUUUCGAACUCAGCUCAGCUGUUUUCAACUCAGGUCCUGUUAGCAACUGCAAUUGUCAUCAUCGAGGACGAUGAAGGCAACCGACUUCCGGCACGAGCCCUCUUGGAUUCCGGAUCAGAAAGCAAUUUCAUCUCGGAGCAUCUGAGCCAAAGGCUUCGCGUACGACGGAAUAAGGUGGACAUUUCCGUUUCGGGCAUUGGAAGAUCGGUAUCCAAGGUCAAACAGCAGAUUCGAGCUACGCUGUGCUCACGUGUCUCCAACUUCUCCCGAGACAUGCGGUUUCUGGUACUACCCAAGGUGACGGUUAGCUUACCAACUUCAAACAUCAACACUGCUGGUUGGACCAUUCCCGACAACGUGGUCCUGGCCGACCCAACCUUCUCUGUCUCCAAGGGCGUAGACAUGGUGUUGGGCAUUGAAAGUUUCUUCGAUUUCUUCGAAACUGGUCGUAAGAUUUCAUUGGGCGAGGAACUACCAGCACUCAACGAAUCAGUUUUCGGUUGGGUAGUCUGCGGAGGAAUUGCAGACUCAGGAGAAUCUAUUCGCAUCACAUGCAACGUGUCGGCGAGGGAUAAACUAGAAGCUUUGGUGACUCGGUUUUGGUCCUGCGAGGAGGUUGAGUCAGGCAGCAGUUUUUCGCCGGAGGAAGCACGUUGCGAAGCUCUUUUCGCGCAAACGGUUCAGCGCGGAGCUGACGGUCGCUACUCGGUGGCUUUACCGAAGAACGAGGCCAUUCUCUCGAAGCUCGGCGAGUCGAGGAACAUCGCACUCAGACGCCUUCACGGUACGGAGCGAAGGCUGGCGCGGGACGCGCAUCUUCAGGAUCAAUACACGGAAUUUAUGGACGAAUAUCUGCGCCUGGGGCAUAUGCACAAGGUUGAGGAAACUGAUACAGUCAAGCGGUGCUAUCUCCCACACCAUCCAGUAGUCAGGGAAGCCAGCACGACCACCAAGGUUCGCGUGGUAUUUGACGCAAGUUGCAAAACAUCGUCAGGAGUUUCCCUAAACGAUGCGCUGUUAUGCGGUCCAGUCAUACAGCAAGAUUUACGGUCGCUAAUCUACCGCUGCCGUAUCAAGCAGAUUAUGCUGGUGUCGGACGUCGAGAAGAUGUUCCGACAAAUUGGAAUCACCCCGGAAGAUCGAGCUCUACAGUGCGUACUCUGGCGACCAACGCCGUCCGCUGAGGUGUGCACGUAUGAACUGAAUACGGUUACGUAUGGAACGAAAUCGGCACCGUUUCUUGCCACUCGCGCUCUGAAACAGUUGGCAAUGGAUGAAAAGCAUCGUUUUCCCCUAGCGGCAAAGGCAAUAAGCGAGGACGUCUACAUGGAUGACGUCAUAACCGGGAUGGACGAUGAGGACGCAGCACGCAAUCUGAGAAUUCAGCUGGACGAAAUGAUGAUCAGCGGGGGAUUUCGGCUCAGAAAGUGGGCGUGCAACCGUGCAGAGGUCUUGCGCGGUGUUGCUGAGGAGAAUUUGGCCAUUCCAUUUCCAGAAGGAAUCAACCUGGACAAGGAAUCGUCCGUAAAAACAUUGGGUUUAACUUGGAUCCCUAACACGGAUGAGUUCAAGGUACAGUUCGACAUAACACCAACUGUUGCCGAGGACGAACUCUGCAAACGUGUCGUUUUAUCAAAGGCUGCAUCUCUUUUCGACCCGCACGGCUGGUUUGGGGCAACAAUCACAACAGCGAAGAUCUUUCUCCAGCAGUUGUGGACACUGGUAGAUGCUGACGGAAAGCGAUUAGAUUGGGACACCCCGUUACCACCCACGGUGGGUGAGAAUUGGAGGAAGUAUGAGGAACAACUUCCAGUGCUCAAUUCAAUUCGUUUUGCUCGUUGUGUGGUCAUUCCAAAUGCGGAAAAGGUGGAGUUACAUUGCUUUUCGGAUGCAUCAAAGAAAGCGUACGGAGGUUGUGUUUAUGUACGAAGCGAAAAUGCAGCUGGCGACGUCAUGGUACGACUGGUGGCUUCCAAAUCCAGAGUGGCGCCGCUGAAGGUACAAACGAUUCCACGGCUGGAGCUGUGUGGCGCGACGCUGGUAGCCCAACUCUUCAAAGUUCUGCAGGAGGCACUGGACAUCCCGUUGAGCGCGCAUUUUUGGACGGAUUCGACGUGUGUUCUCAGCUGGCUUGACGCGAUUCCAACAACGUGGGCCACUUUCGUCGCGAAUCGAGUUUCCAAGAUCCAAACGAUCACGGAGGGACAUCAAUGGAAGCACGUUCCAGGUGUGCAGAAUCCAGCAGAUCUGAUAUCCAGAGGAAUCAUGCCAAAUGACAUCGUAGACAAUCUUCUCUGGUGGAACGGACCACCAUGGUUAGCGUUGGGACGGGAGCAUUGGCCAAACUCAACAGCUACAGUGGCGCACGAUGAAGUUGAGACGGAGCGUCGACGCACAGCAGUGGCGAUCGUUGCAUCAAACCUGCAAGAGUUUACUGAUUAUUAUUUGUCCAAGUUUGAAACUUACCCUAUUUUGAUACGAAGAACAGCAAUCUGGUUGCGCUUGAUGAAGAAUCUGCCUUUACCGGAUGAGGAGCGGUCCAGGAAAGAAGUGUUUGCUGAAGAAUGGAAGGCCCUGUCAGCAAGUCAACCGCUGCCGAAGAAAUCCCCGCUUCGCUGGUACCAUCCGUACAUCGAUCGUGAUCAAAUUCUGCGGGUCGGUGGGCGAUUGACGCACUCGGAGGAAGGAGAAGAAACGAAACAUCCAGCUGUUCUGCCUGCUCGUCACCAGCUCACACGCAUGAUUCUUCAACACUAUCACAUGCGGCUGCUCCACGCUGGCCCACAACUACUACUUGGUGCGCUUUCGGACCAUCCAACGGCCGGUGCGGUAGGAAACAUCCGGAUCGCCGAAGCGGUGGCCAUACCGGAUCGCCGAAGCGGCGGCCAAAGCUGCCGGACGACCAAACUCAAACAGAACCAGGACAACAGGACAGAUUCCGGACCAUCUAACGGCCAGGGCGGUGGUAAACUUCCGGAUCGCCGAAGCGGUUGCCAUACCGGAUCGCCGAAGCGGUGGCCAUACCGGAUCGCCGAAGCGGCGGCCAAAGCUGCCGGACGACCAAACUCAAACAGAACCAGGACAACCAGACAGAUUCCGGACCAUCUAACGGCCAGGGCGGUGGUAAACUUCCGGAUCGCCGAAGCGGUUGCCAUACCGGAUCUCCGAAGCGGUGGCCAUACCGGAUCGCCGACUUCCGGAUCACCCAAGCGCUGGCCAUACCGGAUCGCCGAAGCGGCGGCCAAAGCUGCCUGA